GCUUUUGGACAGAUCUGCUUACUGCCUAUCUUAAUAAGGCUGAACAACUUCUCGCUCAUGCGUUCACUUGACAUUCACGAAGAUCCCACAUUUAUUCCGGAGGUUGCUGCAGAGGUUACGGAAGACAAGUCUGAGGCUAAAAGUACUUCAGAUAUUAUCGAGCAGCUGAUAGAUGUGAGGUUUGAUUCUGUUAGCAAUGGCUUUAGCUUCAAAGGGAUCAAAGACUACCUGGACUGCUACCGGAGUGGGAAGCUGACGCCAUCUCAGGUAGCAAAGAACAUCAUUGCCACGCUGGAGGACUGCGACAAAUCCACGCCCCCACUCAGAGCGAUAGUGCAAUGGGACCAGGAGCAAAUAAUGCUGAUGGCUGAGGCCUCCACUGCUCGUUACAAGAAUAAAUGUACCCUGUCUUAUCUGGAUGGCAUCCCAGUGUGUCUGAAAGAAGAAUUCAAAGUGGUACCUUACCAUCACCGAGUAGGAACAGUGUAUCUUGGGACAGAGCCUGAAACAGAAGAUGCUACUGUGGCCAAGAAGCUGCGAGAGGCUGGGGCUAUCAUUAUUGGGGUCUCAAACAUGCAUGAACUAGGGACUGGAACAACUGGAUGCAACCCUAAUAGGUACCACAAGAUCCCUAGGAAUCCCUACAAGCCAAACCACUUCACAGGUGGGAGCUCCAGUGGGUCAGCAGCAGCUGUAGCAGCAGGUCUCUGCCCGGUGGCUAUUGGCACUGAUGGAGGCGGCUCUGUGAGGAUUCCUGCUUCAUUCUGUGGCGUAGUGGGGCUGAAAGGUACGUUUGGGCGCAUCAGUUCUCAUGGCAGCUUGCCGCUCUCCUACUCCACAGUCAGCGUAGGCCCUAUAUGUACCUCAGUGGCAGAUGCAGCCAUUGUUUACAGCAUACUUGCUGAGCCAGAUCCACUUUAUCCAUAUGGACUAAACCAGCCCAAAGCCACUCUCUCUGAUAUGUGUGCUCCUGACCUGAAAGGCUUAAAACUGGGAGUGGACUGGACAUUUUUUAAGGCAUGUGAUGCUGAAGUCCUAUCUGUCUGUGAGAAAGCUGUGGAGCACCUGCAGACUUUGGGAGCCAGUGUGGUUGAAGUUUCUCUUCCAGAAAUGGAGGAAGCGCGAGUAGCACAUGUAAUCUGCAUUCUCAGUGAGAUGAGGGACUUCCUGCAACCUGACUUCAACAAACAUUUCCAGGAUAUGAAUUUGGACACUCGAGCUAAUCUGACCUUGGCUUCCCAGUUCACAGCUCUGGAUUAUAUUACGGCAAAUCGACAGAGAACUCGGAGCAUGAGAUUUUUGCGAGAGAUCUUCACCACUGUGAACUGUAUCCUUACACCAGCUGUUGCUUGCACUGCCCCAAGAAUCUAUGAAUCUGACCUUUUGACUGGGAGCAGCAAUUUGUCCUUCACAGUCCGGUCCAUGAGGUUCAUGCAGCUUGGUAACUUCACUGGGAUUCCAGGCCUUGUGGUCCCCAUUGGAUAUUCUACUGCUGGGCUUCCUAUCAGCUUCCAGGUCAUGGCCAAAUGGUGGGAUGAAGCUGUUCUUCUGAGGAUUGGCCUGAAGCUAGAGCAGUUUCGUUACCAGACCAAAAAACCAUCCAUUUAUUAUGACAUCCUUGCAUGA